UUAGAAACAGUAUUUGUGCUGCAUACGGUAGUAGAGCACUAGGAGUGAAAGUAUCAAAUACAGAAUAUAUAUCCACUUAGGUACAUAUGUCUUUGCGAAAUAGUUACAUGACAUUUCUAAUACUAUUAUUAAGCGGUAUUUCGUUGUGUGUCGCUACAGCCGAAACCUUUGAUACCGAUAAUGACCAAUGUUCAAACAUAGACCCGCAACAUUGCACGGAUAAUUCACUUUAUAAUGAUGUACUACUUUAUACCUCACUGCCAACUAGAUAUGACAUCAAUUUAAGAAUAUUAUAUCCGCAUUUUAAUAGAGUUUACGGUAUAACUAAUAUUAUGAUCAAUGUUAAACAUUCAAGAAGUACAGACAUAAAUUUGCACGCUUAUGGAUUGCGUAUCGACAAAACUCAAAUAACUCUAAAGGUUAUAAAUGCGUACUUAUAUCAAAACUAUAUAUUCAUUGGUUACUGUUAUUGCAAACAAUCGCAAAUUUUGAAUUUGCGGUUUGAUAAAAGUAUAGUUACCGGAGAUUAUAAUUUAACAAUUUACUUCGACGUUGCUUAUUCUUCUUGGAAAGGUAUAGUUAAAUACGAGAACAACAAAGGUGCAACAAAUCAUGAGAGAACAAGGUUAAUCGUCACGCAACCUAACGUGGCUCGGAGAAUAUUUCCAUGCUGGGACAAGUCUGAAUUAAAGGCGAUUUUCAACAUAUCUGUUAUACAUUUCGACAAAUUUAGAAUCUUCUCGAAUAUGCCCGCAAUAUUCACAGAGAAUCAUGAUUCAAAAGUACGCUGCACAUAUUUUAAUGAUACGCCUUUGAUCUCUGCCCCCAACGUGUUCAUUGCUCUGCUCGAAGAAGUUGGAUUUAAAACUAAUAAAGUAUUAGAGACUGAUUUGAUUUGGCAUAUGUCAAAAAAGGAGAUGCUACAACAUGCAAUCGAUACAAUCGUAUUUGUCAAUUGCAACUUGAUACCCAUUACGAAUUUAAUAAAUGUAUCAUCGAGGAUAGACCACAUAGUGUUCCCAAAUAAUACAAUAAACUCAAUGGGAUGUUCCAGCGUUAUAAUAUAUAGUGAGAAGGAUGUUCUAUAUGAUAAAAAUUCCGAUUUCCCUGGCCGCAAGGUUUACAUCAGCGAGGUAAUUUCGUAUCAAAGAGCACGUCAGCCGUUUACAGCAAUGAUUAUUAAGUCUCAGUGGUCUGAUAUGUGGUUAGAAUUAGGCGAAUCGCUAUCGAAACUUUACAGUCAAUAUAUCAUGGAGAUUUUCGGUGGUUCACAAUUAGUGGACCUCUAUGUAAUUCAAAUUAUUCAGUCAACACUUCAUUAUGAAACUAUCUGCCGGAUGGAAGCUUUUUCCAAAUACAAUAUACAAGUUGCGGAUGAGAUUGAUGCUGUCCUCUGUUCUCGUUGGUAUUAUAAUAAAGGUUUUGCUAUUUUACGCAUGAUAGAGCGUAUAGUCACACGGAAUAAAUUUCAAUUAGCUGUCAUAAAAUAUUUGAACGCAUUGUAUAGUCAGCCCCGUUUAGUCACUCUUUACGAAUUCUGGAAGAUUUUACAAUAUAUGCUUGAUGACAGCGAUAGACAAAAGUUUAUCAUAGGGAGAAUUAUGGAUACGUGGUUAACGCAAAACAGCUAUCCUAUUAUGCAAGUCUUUCACGAUCGUGAAAAUAAUACAGUGAGAUUAGAUAUCACUGGUAGCGUCGACAUGAGAGAAUCCACAUGGAUGAUACCAAUAACUUACAUUUCAUAUAACUCUUCGUUUUACGUGAUCAGUGAUACUUGGAUAACUAGGUUUGAAAGUGAAGAUAUUAAACUGGAGAAGGAGAAUAUCGAUUUUGUUAUAUUUAAUAUAGAACAAACUGGAUAUUUUCGCGUGAAUUAUGAUGUUAAAAGUUGGAAUAAAAUCGCAACAUUCUUAAACACUGAUGAUUAUAAUAAAAUAAAUGUCCUCAAUCGCGCGCAAUUGAUCGAUGAUGCGUAUUAUUUUAUGACACAAGGCUAUGUAUCGCCGUUCACAUUUUGGGAAAUUGCAAGUUACUUGGAGCGCGAUGUAAGUUAUAUAGCCUGGUAUCCGAUGUUUAAUAUUCUAUCGUUCAUGUGGCCUGUUUGGAAUUAUCCGAAAGCGGAACAUAUCAACAAGGGAAACAUACAUCAAAUGUUAGUCGGCUUACUGCAAAAUUUGGGAUACGAAGAGAAAGAUUAUGAGAAUAAUAUGCAGAAGACAUUGAGAUUAUUAGCAACAAGAUGGGCUUGCAAGUUAGGGCAUAGAAAGUGUCAAAUGGUUGCUACGAGAAAAUUGUCUAGGCAUCUCUCCGAUCCUGAUAAAAAAAUUAGGCCAUGGUGGAAGGAUUGGGUAUAUAGUGCCGGCAUGAUUUCGGCCAACGAAACUAUAUCGCAGAUUCUGUUUGAAAAAUACCAAAAUACCACGGAUAUAAAUAGUUUGAAAUACUUGUUUUGCUCGGAUGAUGUACAAAUUAUUAUAAAGUAUAUGGAGAAAAUGAAAUUUUUCGUUAUUAACAAUAUACUCUCGUAUAACGAGCUAAUGGAACUUUAUCGUGUUAUUAUAAAGAAGCACAUAAGGAAGCAUGACGUUCUAAAAUACGUCGUAGGGAAUUAUUUGAGAUUAGUAAUCUGGUGGCAAAACCGUUAUUUAAACACAAAACUGUUGGGCGAUAUGAUAAUGAAUGUAUAUUUAGAUGACCAUUUCGCUAUAAUUAUAAAAUUUGCACAAAAUAAUGCCCAGAGAUUAAAAGUAAACAUGAAUGACAUAUUUGAAAUAGAACUAGCUCAAAGGCAAAGAAUUAAAAAGAUGCAAAAUAUAGCUUAUCUACGUUGAAUAAGAUAAAGGAAUAUGUAUAAUUUCUGGGCGAGCUAUUUUACAAAAUGUGAUAGAACUCAAAUAACCAAAAAUGGCCAAACUGAAGUUAAUUGUGUUAUUGGGAAGUG